AUGGCUAAGAUACUUAAAUAUCCAGGUUGUGAUCGAGAAAUAAGAACUGGUAAAACUCAAGAUCUUAAUAAACACAUGAAUUUAAAUAGAAACCUUCGUAAAGGACAAUGUUUACCAGCUUUGCAUUUAAUACAAAACCCAGUUCCAUUAUUAAAAUGGUUAUCAAAACCAGGAAUUAAAAAUAAUAAAAAGAUUAGAUCAAAACCUAUACCAAAGACAGACGAAGAAUGGUUUGAUUUAAUGGAGUCGAAUGAUGACAAUAAAAGUAGUGAACCCAGUGAUUCAGAAUAUGACACAGCGGAUAAAGAUCCAGAUAUUUAUUUCGAGAAAAUUGUAGAUCUAUAUAUUAAUAGAAUAUUAGAAGCUGAAAAAUUUAAUAAAGGUGAAGUAUGUGAUUAUUACGCAUCUGUUCUCAAAGAAUAUUUUGCUGAAGGUAAGAAUUGUAUUAUUAGCACAUAUGAAGAAAAUUACGCAAGAAUCUCAAGAGCCAAUAUUAAAAACAAACAAAAUACAAUAGAAAUUAUAAGAGAAGAUCGAAUUAAUGCAACAGAAGAUGUAUUUCUUGAAAUAAGUGCAUUCAGACCAUUGCAAAGUAGUAGUUAUUUACCUUUACUAGAAGCUUUAGAUAAGCCACAACUAGGAAUAAUUAAUCCACAAAAUAGGGAUGAUAAUGAGUGUUUUAAAUGGUAUAUAAGUGCAUAUCACACAAGAGAGGAAGCAAUAAAAGCUAAUAGAAAGCUACCACAUCUUAAUGAAAUUUGGAGACUUAGAUGA